AUGUCGCACACCUUCACCAACGUCAUCCCGCCAACUCCGCAGGACAUCGCGCCUGCAACAUUUGACUUCAAUACACUGCCUCGCGCAGGAUCUGCCGCGCAUCACCUGUCCACGUCGCCCGCAUUCUCACGUCAGAGUAGCCACAACAGCAGUCUUUCUUCGCUAUCGCGCUCGCCCAGCCCCGGGAUCUACUCAAUAUCAGCAAACGGAUCGGCUGGCCCCGUCCGGCAAACCCUGCGUUCGAACUCGACAUCGUCCAACAGCUCUCUGCACGCCUACGGCAUCCCAGUGCAAGACCCUACUACCAACCAUCCGGCUUGGCGAUGUGCCUAUCCAGGAUGCACCUCUCGGGCGACCUUCACUCGGGGAUGUGAUCUGCGUAAACAUUACAACAGACACUCGAAGCACCUCUUCUGCAGAGUCGAUGGAUGCCCGCAGUCUCAAGCCGCCGCUGCAUCGCGUUCGACGGACGGUACCCUGACUGGGGGCUUCAGCAGCAAGAAAGACCGUGCGAGGCACGAGGCGAAGCACAACCCCGGCAUCAGAUGCGAGUGGAAGGGUGUGCAUGGCGAAGAAUGCGGCCGCAUCUUUAGCCGGAUGGACAACAUGAAAGAUCAUGUCCGGAGGAUCCACAAGAAGCACGAGCAAAAGAGCUCUCGGUAG